AUGGAUGCCCUCCAUGACUUCGGGAUCCGGUCAACACGCUACCUCCAGGUGAAUUACCAGGACGCCCAGGACUGGUUCCUCCUGGUCUCCGCGAUCGCGGACCUCAGGAACGCCUACUAUGUCCUGUUCCCCAUCUGGUUCCACAUUCGAGAGGCCGUGGGCAUCCAGCUGCUCUGGGUAGCCGUGAUUGGAGACUGGCUCAACCUCAUCUUCAAGUGGAUUCUCUUUGGGCAGCGCCCAUACUGGUGGGUCCUGGACACCGACUACUACAGCAAUACCUCCGCGCCACUGAUAAAGCAGUUCCCAGUCACCUGCGAGACUGGACCAGGUAAGAAAAAAGCCGACCUACAGGUUUCGGUGUCUGAACGUCAUUUUGUGGCUGGGAUUCUGGGCUGUGCAGCUGAACGUCUGUUUGUCACGAAUCUACCUUGCUGCCCAUUUCCCCCAUCAGGUUGUGGCUGGAGUCUUGUCAGGCAUUGCUGUUGCUGA